AUGGCUUCCAAAUAUACUGUCAGAAAGAUCGGAGCUCCAAACACUUUGGAGCAUCGUAUCUAUAUCGAAAAGGAUGGAAUCCCAAUUUCCCCAUUCCACGACAUUCCUCUUUAUGCCAAUGAGCAACAAACCAUCUUGAACAUGGUGGUUGAGAUCCCAAGAUGGACAAACGGCAAAAUGGAGAUCAGCAAAGAAGAGAAGCAAGAUGUCAAGAAGGGCAAGCUUCGUUUCGUCCGCAAUUGCUUCCCACACAAGGGUUACCUCUGGAACUACGGUGCUUUCCCUCAAACUUGGGAAGACCCUAACGUUGUCCACCCAGAAACCAAGGCCAAAGGUGACAAUGACCCAUUGGACGUUUGCGAGAUUGGUGAAUUAGUCGGAUACCCUGGCCAAGUCAAACAAGUUAAGGUUCUUGGUGUUAUGGCCUUGCUUGAUGAGGAAGAGACCGACUGGAAGGUCAUUGUCAUCGAUGUUAAUGACCCCUUGGCACCUAAGCUCAACGACGUUGAGGAUGUUGAAAGACACCUUCCAGGUCUCUUGAGAGCUACAAAUGAAUGGUUCAGAAUCUACAAAAUCCCAGACGGAAAGCCAGAGAACCAAUUUGCUUUCACUGGAGAGUGCAAGAACAAGAAGUACGCUACUGACAUUGUCCGCGAGUGUGCUGAGGCUUGGGAGAAACUCAUCACCGGCAAGACCACCCCAGGAGAUGUCUCAACUACCAACGUCACCGUCAAGCACUCUACCAGCCGUGUUGAACCAAGCCAACUUCCUCCCAUCCCAGCUAACGAGAACCUUGCUCCGGCUCCUAUCGACCCAAGCAUUGACAAGUGGUUCUUCAUCUCUGGUGCUGCCGCUUAA